CAUAUAUAUUCGCACCAUUCUCGGAAAGUUCGUUCCCCCAACGAUCUCUUACUAUAACCUGCCCACGUUAUCGCAAUCCUCUUCCUCGUUUCGAUUUCUGGGGCACUUUCGUUGAAUUGAUUUUUGUACGCCAUGGAAGCUUCAAAAGAAGAAGGGGAAGAACAAUCACUUUCUGAUCGCGAGGAGGAAGGAGAGGAAGCGCUCAUCGCUGAAUUGGGAGAGCUCGACCUGCGCAGAAAAGAAGGCGAUGCCCAACCCGAAUCGGCCCGUGUCGAGGACCGACCGAGCCUCAAUGCCGUCGAGGAGAUCUUGCGAUACCAGUUCAAUGACAAGAGAUUGCUCGAGGAAGCUCUCACUCAUUACUCGUUCGCGGGCAAGUCCUUUUGCUACGAGAGGUUGGAGUACGUGGGGGACUCGGUGCUCAAUUUGCUGUUCGCCAAGGAACUGUACUUGCUGUAUCCGGACUUGGCGCCCGGGUCGCUGACCCGGCUCCGAGCCGCCAACGUGGACACCGAGAAGCUCGCACGCGUGGCGAUCAAACUCGGGUUGCAUCCGUAUCUGCGCCACCGGAAGCCUGUUCUUGGGGAACAAAUUCAAGAAUUCAAGCGAGAUAUUCUAGAUUACCCUUUGCAUUCAAGUGGUCUAAUCGACGUGCCCAAAUCUCUAGCCGAUAUCGUCGAAUCGAUCAUCGGUGCCGUCUUCAUCGACUGUAAUUUCUCAGCGGACACCGUAUGGAAGGUGUUUAAAAGCUUGUUGGAGCCGAUGAUUAGUCCCACGACUUUCACACUGCAUCCGGUGAGCGAGCUAUAUGAACUGUGCCAAAAGAAGUGUGUGAAGUUGAGAUUUGUGGAUCUCUGGAGCGAAAGUUCAAGUUUCAUCGUAUUUGCAAACGAUCGGCUCGUGGGCAGAGGCGCAUGCAUACCCAAGAAGGAGAUUGCGCUUAACAGAGCAGCCAAAGAUGCUCUGCAAAAUAUUGAAAGAUUGCUCGGCGAUAAAGAGAGUAACGGUCAAAUUGACAGUGAAUUGAAAAAACCGUGA